AAACGAUUACAUGUCUGACACCGAUAUCCCGUCAAUCCGAAAAUAAAUUGGGAGCGAGUAUAAAAUCGUGAUGUGUCAUUGACGUGCUGUACACUUGUGGCAUCAUGUCGAUGAUCAAGGUUUUGAUACUCGGAGCAUGCGUGGUGGCCGCUUUAGCUCGUUCUUAUUAUGAUGACGAGUUCGAAUCGACUAAUUACGUUCCUUCUGCCGAAGAUUGGGUAGAACAUUCCAUUCAUCGCCGUUCCGCAUUCGAUUCUGAUGAACCUUUGUUGAGAGUUCGACGUUCCGGUCACGGUGUUGUUGGUCACGUGCACACUUACGUCAAAACUGAUCACGAUGGACAUUUCAAAUGGGGAGCUAAACACAGUGUUGGAAAGAAAUAUGCGGGACAUCAUCAUCAUUAAGGAUUUCACUUUAAAUUCGGAUGAUUCGGUUACAAUUUUAUUGUAUUAUAUG